CAGACGAUUCUGGAUGUGGAUAGAUCAGGCCGUUAUAGGCUGAAAGAUGCGUGUACUUUGGAGCUCCUCGCCAGCAUGGGAAUACUUCGCUGGCUACAUCCAGCGGCCUCUGAAGCAGCGGAGUUAAGUGCCAGCGGGGACCGUCAACGGAAGACACUGGAUGUGAUCAGCAGAGUCCUUGACCAGGUACAAGUCCAUGGACCUGGGCGUCUCCCAGAGUCAUCCAGGCCCAGACUGGGCAAUGCUAGCCCCACACCGCCCCUUGUCACUGGGACCCUUUGCCUCGCAGCACUGCUCCCAGUUCUCCCUGCAAGGCUUCCAGUACGCACAACACAUGCAAGGAGAGAUGGACGAAGAGCUGAAUCAGCUCAUAAGAAAGAGUAAAAAUAAACAGAGUGCCGUUUCCAGUCCCCUGGUCCGGCAGAAACUGCGGGAGCACAUAAUCAUGAAGAAGCAGCCCGCUCACCACAAACACAGCAGUCCUACGCCCGGACACACGCACCCGCUUGUAGAGACGCCUCAGUCAUCACCCGCCGACACCCAGCGGAAGGAACUGAGGAGAACAGUCUCUGAGCCAACGUUGAAGUGGAAGUUAAAGAAGCUCAUCAGCACCAGGCCAAAUCCCCUGCAGAGAAAGAUUAGCGCCCCUCCUGCUGUCAAGCACAAGACAGAAACUCAAGAAUCUUCUCCCAGCAGCACUCCAGCGUCGGACUGGAGCUCUCCCAACGACAGCCUGCAGUCAGACGAUGGAGUCCUGUCCCUGGCUCAUGAGGAACAGAGACUUCUGCUGAAGGAUGGUAGAUUGGCCCACUUCACCUUGCCCACCACCCCCACCACCAUGCCCAACAUCACUGCGGGACUACCUGCACAGGCUGACCCACGGCUAUCCAGGACUUUGGCGAUAUCCGCUCUGCCUCAAGUCUACUUACCUCUCCAUGGAAGUUUUCCAGCGCAGACUCAUGGCCUACAGCCCGUGCUCAUUGUGGAGCCUCAUACUGGACUGGUUCACUCCCAGUUCAUCUCCUAUCAAGGUUUGAGUCCACCUCUGCAGCAGCGACCUCACUUGGCCUCCCCGAAGAGAACCUUUCCCUCCCACAAGCCCUUGGGGCGAACCCGCUCAGAACCUCCUCCCUACAGCACCUCGCACCUUCCUUCGCACGUCGGCCAUCUUGUUCACGGCCAGAACCAGCCGUGCCACAAGAGUGGGCCGGAUCGCUUCAAGCCAAACUCCCACCUGAGCAAGAUCCCCUCAGAGGACAUGGACCUGGAGGAGAUCGGGUCCGAGUGUGGCUCCGAGGUGGGCUCUGUUUGUGAGGACAACUACCGCAGGAGGCGGAGCACCACCAGUGUGGACUCAGUGUACGACACCGAGUCCACCACCUCAUCCCGGGAGAGCUUGAUUGAGUCGUCGCAUCCUGUGGGCCAGAGGCAGGUGGCCCACAGACCAGGACUCCACAUGGACUCCCCUAAUGUUCCUGUCCUGAUGUGGUCUCACCUUCCCCUGGUCCGGACCCAGUCCUCCCCUGCCUCCACCUCCCUGCCUGCGCCCGUGUCUUUGUCCUUGCCCAGUCCUGCUGCAGAUGUCCAGCUGCGCUUCACCACUGGUCUGGUUUACGACGCUCAGAUGCAGAAGCACCAGUGCACCUGUGGGGACCACAGCUGCCAUCCAGAGCAUCCUGGCAGAGUCCACAGCAUUUGGUCCCGACUGCAUGAGAGGGGACUGCGCAGCCAGUGUGAGCACAUUGGCAGUAGGAAGGCCUCCCUGGAAGAGCUCCAGUCGGUCCAUUCAGAAAAACAUGUGCUUCGGUACGGCACCAACCCUCUUCACCGCCUCAAGCUGGACAACCCAAAAUUGGCUCGAAUCUUGGCUCAAAGGAUCUUUGUGAUGUUACCAUGUGGAGGAGUGGGGGUGGACAAUGAUACCAUCUGGAACGAGCUUCACACGGCGGCCGCUUCUCGUAUGGCUGCAGGCUGCGUCAUCCAGCUGGCGCUGAAGGUGGCACAAGGAGAGCUGAAGAACGGCUUCGCAGUGGUGAGGCCGCCUGGUCACCAUGCAACACACUCCUCUCCUCUGGGCUUCUGUUUCUUCAACUCUGUCGCCAUCGCUGCCAAGCAACUGCAGCAAAAACUCAGUGUGGGCAAGAUCCUCAUCGUGGACUGGGAUGUCCACCACGGGAAUGGCACCCAGGAAGCCUUCUAUAACGACCCGAGUGUCCUGUACAUCUCCAUACAUCGCUACGAUAACGGCAACUUCUUCCCCGGAGGUGGACAUCCAAAUGAGGUUGGUGCGGGGGCAGGCGAGGGUUUCAAUGUGAACGUUGGCUGGACCAAAAGUCUGAGUCCUUCCAUGGGCGAUGCUGAGUACUUGGCAGCAUUUAGAGCCGUGGUGAUGCCCAUCGCCCACGAGUUCUCCCCCGACGUGGUGCUGGUGUCAGCGGGCUUCGAUGCGGUGGAAGGUCACUCGCCGUCCCUGGGGGGCUACACGGUCACAGCAAAGUGUUUCGGCUUCCUGACCCGACAGCUGAUGUCCCUGGCCGGGGGUCGGCUGGUUCUGGCUCUGGAGGGCGGACACGACCUGAAGGCCAUCUGUGACGCCUCUGAAGCCUGCGUCAGCGCCUUGUUGGGACUGGAGGUGGAGCCUCUGGCCCAGUCCGUGUUGGACAAGAAGCCCAGUGACAACGCCGUGCAGUCCCUGCUGAGCGUCAUCCAGGUUCAAGGUGAGUACUGGCAGAGUGUGAAGGACUCUGCAUCCACGGUGCAGCUGUCCUACCUGCAGGCUCAGAGGUCGUGGCAGAGGUCGUGGCUGAGGCGAGACUCGGACAGCGAGGCGGUGGACGCCAUGGCAACCUUGUCCAUGGCCUCUGACCUACAGGCUCCAUGUCGCUCAGGAUCCACCUUCAGCGUCUCUUCCCGCUCCUGAUCGAGGACCUCCUUCCUGCUCCAAGUCAUUCCAGUUCUAAAUGUUCCUCAAACCACCUGCUGUAGUCUUGCAGGCCGGGUCAAAGGUCGUCCCCGAUGUUGUCACUGCCACCAAGCACAAUCUACCUUUUGCACUCAACACCUUUUUUCUCCUGGUGGACGUGCAGCAUCAGAUCAACUUGGAGCCAAGAUGGAGGAUUGGUGUCCAUGUUCCUUGGACUUGAAGACAAGCGUUCCUGCUGUACUUCUUCUUAAAGGGGAACUGCACUCUUUGAACUUUGUACCUGUCAUUCACAAUCAUCAAGUAAGACAAGAACACACCUUGAUGCUCUCCAAAUAUUCAAUACACACAUGCAGUCUGCUUACAAUUCUGCCUAUAAACCCUUAAAAAACAUUAAUAUCAAGGUUUUAUAUACAUGAUGUAAGUAUGUAUGUCAUGUAGUAACAUUCAUAAUAAUAUGUAAUAUAUACAUGAUGUAAGUAUAUAUGUCAUGU